CCCCGCCCGCCGGCGAGGCGCCCGGCCGCCGGCCUGCGGAGGCGCAAAGUCUUCCUCCCUCUCGUGUUGCUCCUCCCCCUUAUUCUACUGACCCUAAUCCUGAUCUUCCCAUCUCGCUCCAUCCCCGCGCUCCGCGACGCAGCUCUCAGGUCCCAACAGACCUGCGACUACGCUGCCGGUGGAUGGGUGUCCGACUCCUCCGCCGAGUCCCACCUCCGGUACGACCACACGUGCAAGGAGAUCUUCAAGGGGUGGAACUGCAUCGCCAACGGCAAGCGCAACGGCCGCGCCCUCCUCCGCUGGCGAUGGAAGCCCGAAGGGUGCGAGCUACUCCCCAGGCUCGACCCGCUCCGGUUCUUAGAGCAUCACAGGAACACCAACAUUGGAUUUGUGGGUGAUUCUUUGAAUCGAAACAUGUUUGUCUCAUUGGUCUGCAUGCUCAGGGGAGUGAACGGAGAGGUUCGCAAGUGGCGUCCAGCAGGGGCAGACCGAGGUUUCACAUUCCUACGCUACAACCUCACCCUCGCAUACCACCGAACUAAUCUUUUGGUACGCUAUGGCAGCUGGUCAGCCAGUCCAAACGGAGGUCCCCUAGAAUCUCUUGGAUACAAGCAAGGCCACAGGAUUGAUGUUGAUAUUGCGGACCAAACAUGGGCAGAGGCACCAAGCUUCCAUGAUAUUCUUAUUUUCAAUACGGGGCAUUGGUGGUGGUCCUCUUCAAAGUUUGAUCCAAUACAGUCACCGAUGCUCUUCUUUGAGAAAGGGAAGCCGAUUAUACCUCCUUUACUGCCACCUGAAGGACUGGAUUUGACUCUUAAACACAUGAUAACAUUUGCGAACAAAGCAAUGAGACCCAAUGGAUUGAAAUUCUUCAGCACUCAAUCUCCUAGACAUUUUGAAGGUGGUGAUUGGAAUGAAGGUGGAUCUUGUCAACGUGACCAACCCUUGUCCUCUGAAGAGGUAUCGAAACAACAGUGUGUUGAUAUUUGGAUUGCGCUUUUUCAUCUUCUGCUGCAUGCUUUCGUUUUCCUCCCCUUUUUUCUUUCGAAAUCAUACAUAUUGUUUUUACACUCUUUUUAGUAUGUUGAAUUGUUGGUAGGCAGUCUUAAUGUGAUAAAUGACAGAAGUUGUUUAAAUCAGAACUCACAGUUGUAAUAUGAAGUGAAACAGAUGUUCUAACAAGGGGAUACUAGGACUGCACCAUAGUCUUGUUUGCCAAAAGUAUAUGCAUGUCUAUAUGUUAGGCUGUUAUAAAGUAGUUGUAAGGCCAUAAGCUAUCACCCACAUGUGAUUUGUGCAUCUGAACAAGAGUGCUGUCUGUUUCACCCCAAAAUAAAGAAACAUGAACUUGAUUCCUCUGGUUGCCUGACAUUGCACCUUUCCCUGAAGUACUCCAAUCACUUUUCAAUCACUUUCAAGUUUUAAUAGGAAAAAACCCUGCUUUGUAAUUUUUUGUCCUAACAGAAAAAAAAAACUUUCAAGUCUGCCAUCUGAAGCGCAAACGGCUUGACUAAAGAGAACUAAUAUCCGGAUGACAUAAAAAAGAGUUGCACUUGUCAACAUAUCUCCUCUGUGAUCAUCAAUGCCUUGCAUGGAUUCCAAUAUAGCAUAGCAUUUGCAAAUGCACAUUAUUUCCCCCCAAGAAAAUAUGC